UCGUUCAUCGUAGAGGCGUGCCUAAUUACACCAAAUACUUGGUGAAGGAUAAGAACCUGCUGAAUGGUGAAAUAAGUGGGGAGCACGAAGAUACGCAACGGUAACUCAAAGAUCACAUUCGGCGGGCAAGGAAGAAGGCGCGACGAGGGCGUCGCGAGUUUAGGUGGGGGAGAGUGUCACGUCCCGCGCAAAAGGAGUAAAACCCUUGAGGUUUAACCGGAAGACUCUACACUCUCCAUGAAGAUACAAGAGGAACCCGGAAGAUUCUAGAAGAUUCAAGAGCAACCUAGACUUAUGUAGAUUGGAAUCUCUCUAGAAUACUCCAUGUAAAUAUCUUGUACAUAACCCUAGAAUAAUUUAGAACCCAAACUAGAUAGGUGACAUGUGUACAUAUCUAGAACUUUCCUACAUGCCAAGCCCUCUAUAUAAAGGGGUUGGUCUCUCAUUUGUAAGAUAUCCAAGCAUAUCCAAGCACAUCAAGAAUUCUAGCAAUACAAGUAUUCUCCAUAUUCUCUCAAACUCUCCUACUUCCUACUCUCUCACUCUUAGCUUCCGCAUUUUCAUAGCUUGUGAGCAAGGCUUACUUAGCAAGGGAGGUGCUAAGUGCCGCACGGGAGUGUUGGAAAAGUUAGGCCCGUGACAUUAAGCUCUAAUGGCGUUCCAUACCCUUUUUUUGCUUCCUCUUCUUUUAAUUCUUUCACUACUAUUUCUCAUGAAAAAGAAAAUAAAACUUCCUCAGAGAAAAAACACUACAAUUCUUCCACCAAGCCCACCAAAGCUUCCUAUUAUAGGCAAUUUGCACCAACUUGGUGAGGUAUCCCACCAAUCUUUGUCUAAGCUUUCCAAAAAAUAUGGCCCUGUCAUGCUUCUUCAUCUUGGUGGUAUUCCAACCGUGAUCAUAUCGUCCGUGGAGGCUGCGAAAAUGGUCUUGAAAGUUCAUGAUCUAAACUGUUGCAGCAGACCUUCACCGGCCGGUCCUCGAAGACUUACUUAUAAUUUUCAAGAUGUUGCUUUCGCUCCUUAUGGAGAAUAUUGGAGACAAAUGAGGAAAGUCUGUGUUCUGGAGCUGUUUAGCGUGAGAAGGGUUCAAUCAUAUCGUUUUAUUAGGGAAGAAGAAGUUGAAUCUUUGAUGAAUUUCAUAUCAAAAUCUUCUACUUCUUCAACUCCUGUUAAUCUAACUGAGAAGCUCUUUGCCUUGACUGCUAGUGUGAUUUUCAAAAUUGCUUUUGGAAAAACUUUCCAAGGAAGUGAUUUUGACAAUCAUAGGUUUCACGAAGUUGUUACUGAAACUGAGGCUAUGAUGGGAAGCUGUCUUGCUUCUGAGUGUAUUCCAUAUGUCGGAUGGAUUAUAGAUAGACUCACAGGCUUGCAUCAAAGGCUUGAAAGAGUAUUCAAAGAGUUGGAUCAUUUCUUUCAACAGGUCAUUGAUGAUCAUAAAAGUUCUGAGAGAAAAAAACAAGAUCAUGAUGACUUUAUUGAUGUGCUUCUGAAAAUAAUUAAAGAGCAAUCUGGAUUUGGUGCUGCUAUGCUCUCUGAAGUCAAUAUCAAAGCAGUCCUCUUGAAUGUGUUUUUAGGUGGAGUAGACACUGGUGUAAUAACCAUGAUAUGGGCAAUGGCGGAGCUGGUUAAGAAACCAAAAGUAAUGAAGAAGGCACAAGAUGAAGUUAGGAGUGUGAUUGGAGAUAAAGGAAAAGUAAGUGACGGUGACACUGACCAACUUCAGUACCUCAAGAUGAUAAUAAAAGAAAUUUUAAGAUUGCAUCCACCAGCUCCUUUGCUAGUUCCGAGAGAAACCAUGUCCCACUUCAAGAUUAAUGGCUACGAUAUUCUCCCGAAAAUGUUAGUCCAAGUUAACGUAUGGGGAAUAGGACGAGACCCCGAGUACUGGGAAAAUCCAGAAGAAUUCAUCCCGGAAAGGUUCGCUGAUGGUUCCAUUGAUUUCAAAGGGCAAGACUUUGAGCUCUUGCCCUUUGGAUCGGGUCGUAGGAUUUGUCCUGGCAUAUAUAUGGCUACAACUUUGGUGGAGCUUGGACUAGCAAAUCUGCUAUACCGGUUUGAUUGGAAAUUGCCUGAUGGAAUGAAAGAGGAAGAUAUAAACAUGGAAGAGCAAACUGGUCUUUCUAUUACAAUCUCAAAGAAAACUGAUCUCCAACUUGUCCCAGUCAAGCUCUAUUAGAACAUAGUAUUUAUAAGCUGCUCGUCUUAAUCAUUAAAAUAAUAUUCUAGUCAUUGUGGUCAUUUGAAUAUUGAACAAAGUAAGUAGUUUCCCAUCUUAUGGGUUAAUGUAUCCGUAGACCUUUGUAUUAAUAAUU